GGAGCCGGAGCUGCAGCGGGCAGGGAGCUUCCCCACCGGCCUCGCUAUGUCCCGCUCGGUGGUCCUGCGUGGCCCUUCGCCGUGGGGGUUUCGCCUGGUGGGCGGGAAAGACUUCAGCGCCCCUCUGACCAUCUCCAGGAUUAACCCUGGCAGCAAAGCAGCCAUGGCAGACCUGUGCCCGGGAGAUAUUAUUCUGGCAAUUAAUGGAGAGAGCACAGAGAACAUGACACACCUAGAAGCACAAAACAAGAUCAAAGCCUGCAUGGACCAGCUACUGCUCUCCCUGAACAGAGCUGAAGGGAAGACCUGGUCCCCCCCUGUUCUGGAGGAUGGCAAGGCUCAAGCGUAUCGGAUCAACAUAGAGCCGGACCCACAGGACAACGGGCCUGCCCAGAGCAGGAGGUCAAUGCCCCAUGGGGCUGGGGGCAACCCCGUGGACACCAAGCAGAUGGUGAACCUGCAGCACCACCACCCAACCCGGCUCUACGCCAACAGCGGCUCCGAGGCGGCUCUGCCGGGCCAGCUCAGCGGGCUCCACAUCACCCCGGCCCAGAGCCUCGACCCCUUGAAAUCGCUCCCACGGAACAGGAACGGGAUUGACGUGGAGUCAGAUGUCUACAAGAUGCUUCAGGACUAUGAAAAGCCCGUUUCGGAGCCCAAGCAGUCCGGAUCCUUCCGAUACUUGCAGGGCAUGUUGGAGGCUGGUGAGAAUGGUGAAAAACUCGACAAACUGAGCAACCCCCGAAACAUCAAGCCCCCGGUGCCGAAGCUGGGAGGUGCCAUGUCCGGGCUCCAGAUGCUCCCCGAGUGCACCCGCUGCGCGAACGGCAUCGUGGGCACCAUCGUCAAAGCUCGGGACAAGCUCUACCACCCCGAGUGCUUCAUGUGCGACGACUGCGGGCUCAACCUGAAGCAGAGAGGGUAUUUCUUCAUCGAGGAGCAGCUGUACUGCGAGACGCACGCCAAGGAGAGGGUUAAGCCCCCCGAGGGAUAUGACGUGGUGGCUGUUUAUCCCAACGCCAAGGUUGAACUGGUCUAAACCCGGGCUGUGCUCUGGAGAGCCCACCCACGUCCUCCCCGCCGGCUGCGCAGUGUGGCUGUCAUCAACCCCCACUACCAAAGCCCAAGUUAAAAUGCCUUUUUUUUUCCUAGAUAAAGCCGUUUACACUUGGGAUCUCCGGGGGCUGGUGUUGAAAGCAUACGAACAGGUUUUUCCCUUCUUUUUGACACUCUGCUUUUUGGGUUGCUGUGGUGGGUUAUUAGUCUGUGCCUUAACCUUAUCCAAGAUCUGUGUAAAUAUUGAUUAAUUCUCUACUUUGUUUCAUAUAAAACCAGUAUUCUUUUU